AUGACAUCUACAUCAACUAAAACUGCAUCAACUGGUGGAUUAACUAGUACAACAACAAAAAAUGACAUUAAAAAUUAUGAUGAUUUAUUAAAAAGGUUAUUGGAAUCCGAAUUAGACAAUGAAUUGAGUAUAUCAUCUACUGAAAAGUUUGAAGGACAUUUACCUCCUGAACUUGAAGCAGCCUUAGAAGAUUCAGAUCAAGCUGAAAAAUAUUUGAAUGAUUUAAAAAAGAAUUUAGGAACUACCGGCUUAUCUGAUGCUAUGGGAAGAGCUCUUGACUUAUUACACAAUGACAAUUCCAUGUCAAAUAGCUCAAUUUCACGUCUUGUGAAUGGUGUUUCUUCAUUGGUUGACAUUGAAAUAAGUUUUAACCAAUUACGCAUAUCGGAGCUGGAUCUCCCAACUAUUCCUGAAAGUUCUAUUAAAACUGCUGUCUUGGAAUUAUAUAAACUUCAGGAAGACUUGCAAAUCCAUUUACAGGGUGGUCCAUUGUCUGAUCCAUCAACUUUAGGUACUCAACGAAGGAAAGGCGUUUCAGAUCUUCUCGAAAGAGUUAUGAAAGAAACUGCAUUAUAUGAAGAAUUUGUAAAUAAAGCCCAACAUUUAAACUUGGAAAGAAUUUUAAACGAAUCAGAAGAUUCGAGUGAUGAAGAUUUUAUUGAUUCUGAAACUAUAGAUACGGAAUCAGGAACACAUAUAUUUGAGGAUUCGUUAUCAGAUACUACUCGUAAAUCUGGCGCAACUUACGCUGCAUCAUCAUUAUCAUCAACUCGUUUUUUAAGAGCCCCCGAUCAAAGUUUUUCACGACUUUCUUCAGCGUCAGUUGCAUCAAUUCGAUCAUACUCUUCCUCUAGCAGGCAUUCACAAUCAACACAAUCUGUUUUAGAUCUUGAAGAAUUAGGAUUACUUGUUCCACCUGAACCAUGGGAAGCAUUUAGAUGGUCACCAUUAAUAAAAGUCUCUGAACAUUUAUUCUCUCACAAUGUUACUCAAAGUGCUGGCUUAGCUACAGUUUUUGCUGUGGGAAAUAUAAUUGCUAUUGGCACAACACGUGGAUUGAUAUUAGUCUAUGAUUAUUCAAAUUUAAAAUAUGUUUUUGGCAAUUCUUCAGAUGCUUUAGAAUAUGGUUCAGUUACAUCUCUUGCUAUCUCUUCUGAUAAUACCCAAAUUGUUAGUGGUCAUGCAAGCGGUCAUAUUUUUAUAUGGGAUAUUCAACGAUCUACAAGUCCUGUUACAACAAUAUUGCCUAUUUCAGAAUCUCUUGCAUUUGCUGGAAGAAAAGAAGGUCAUAUCAGUGGUUCUGCAAUUUUACAUGUUGGAUUUGUCGGCGCUCGAAAAAAUUGUAUUGUUUCAGGAGAUGAUUGUUUUAUGAUGGUAAAUCGUAUAGAAACAAUUCGUAUUCUUGGUAGAUAUUCAUUACCAAAACCACAAACAGAUUCUCGCACUGCAGCAAAACAAAAAAGACCUAGUACGGUUUUUGGUUUAGCCCCAUUACCUCUUGGGCAAAUCUCACAUGUUUCGGAGAGCUUUGGACUAGUAGCCAUAUUAACACCUUAUAAGCCGACAGCUCAAACACAAUAUAAAUAUUUAAAGCCAAAAAAUAAUCCAAAUGACGCUAUGUCUACAUCGAAUACCUUUUCUGGCUGUCUAGCUUGGUAUCCUGCUGUUAAAUCUCAACUUACUCGAGACCCUUUACUUGCAUAUUCAUGGGGUAACCAUUUACACAUCGUAACGGUCACUUCUGCAUCAUCAUAUUCUGAUGCUUCCAAUAAAAAAAAGAGGAGGCCUGAUCGUGAAAAUCGGUUGGAAUUUAUUAAAAUUGGUGAAUGGAAGGCUAAAAAUGGGAUUGUUGGAUUACAAUGGCUUUCUCCGCAUGGUGUUAAUCAAAUUUAUGUGGGCACUUUACUAUCAUGGAAUGAUAGAAUAGAUGCGUUUGUUCAAUCUGGUGAUUUUCUUGAAGCAAUAUCUUUAGCCACAUUAUUUUAUAAUGGUAGCUCAUCACAAACAAUUCUUGGUUUACCAAUCGACGAAGAAAGUCGUCAUGCAAUUGUAGGCGAGGAAUUAAUGAGUUUAUUGAUUGAUUCCAUAAAUCAUGCUUUUUCAAGUGAAAGAACAUUUCAAGGUAUGAUCGAUGAAAAUAAUGGUGGCGGUGGAGGUGUAUUAUUUCAUGAUCUUGCUGUCGGAUGCAUUGAAGCUUGUCUUAGCAUGCAUAAAGAGGAUUUCCUUUUCAAUGAUGUUUACGAAAGGUAUGCUGAAGCUUCUGCUAAAGGAAUUCUACUUGAAGUGUUAGAGCCUUAUAUUCUUGAUAACAAAAUAAAUGAUCUUCCACCAGAAAUAAUGAAGGAUCUGGUAAACCAUUAUGAAACUCACAGAAUGCUUUCACGAAUUGAACAAUGUAUAUGGCGUAUAAAUCCUCAAUGUUUAGACAUAGAUCAGCUGGUUCAAUUAUGUCAAAGUGAAGGUUUAUAUGAUGCAUUAAUCUAUGUUUGGAAUAGAUCGAUGUUUGAUUAUGUUAGCCCUGCUGUUGAAUUACUCGGUGUCAUAAGAAAAGUUUUAUCUUUAGAAAAACGUCAUAAAAAGAAAAAACACAGACAUUCUCACAAUAGCAGCAAUUCAUUUGAUUCAAAUAAGUUCAGUGAAGGAAAUGACCUACAAACAAUGAAGGAAAAUGCCCAUAAAUUUUAUACAUAUUUAAGGAAUAUACUUACCGGUAAUACAUAUCCUAAUGGUGCCCCACUUAGUGAGAUUGAGGCCAAUGAAGCUCGGACAUCUUUAUAUUCAUUUGUGUUUUCAGGCCUUUGUGUUGUAUGGCCAAAAAGUGGCGGCGAAUUGAUUCUUACUGCUGAAAAUAAUCAUAAUGACACCGAACCAACAUAUCCAUAUUUAAGAUUAUUUUUAAAAUAUGACACGAAGGCAUUUUUACAAGCUUUGGAGGAGGCGUUUGAGGAUUCUUAUUUAAAUGGAGUCAUGACAUCUGGUUUUCCUGAAUCGUCAGAAUUUGCACAUUCAGACAUUUCCCAUUUAUAUUGUUUUGUUGCAAGGAAUUUACCUAAAUAUCCACAAUUUUUAUUACUACCACAUUCUACUUUGCACAGGAUACUUGUUUAUCUUAGCAAAGAUAAUGAUUCCCAAACACGCGAAGUAAGACAAUUUGCUGUCGAAUGUUUAUUGUCAAUAUAUACACCAAAUGAUGAAAAUAAAAUGAUUGAGCUAUAUGAAAACGCGGGUUUUUCGAGGGUUCUAGAACACAUUUAUAAAGUUGAUAAAAAAUAUGGUUUACUAAUUACAACAUAUCUUAAAGAUCCAGCACAAAAGAAUGAAGCUUUUAAAUGUAUUGAAGAAUUGUUGGGUCAAGAGAAUAAAUUAACAGAGAAACAACGAGAUGACAUAUUAAAUACAAUAAUGAUGAGGAUCGAAGAAUUUGUUGAGAUUGAUGGGGAAAAAACUGCUUCAAUAAUAAAAACAUAUUUUCGUGGUGAUCACCAAACAGUGAUUACUAAUUUAUCGUCAUCUCCAGCGCGUCUGUUUUUAUAUCUAAGAGGCCUGUUGGAACCUUCUCAAGACGACGAAACAAACAAUUGUCAAUUGGUAAGGAUAAAGUCUGUUAACGAACAAAUAUAUGAUCCAGAAACAUCUGCAGAUGAGUCAUGCCUUGAUCCGGAAAUUCAUGAAAAAUACAUUGCAUUAAUGGGCCAAUUUGAUCCAACUGGUGUCUACCAUUAUUUACAAACCCAUCAAAAUAAAUAUCGAAUAGAAAAUGUACUUCCUAUUUGCGAAUCUUCUGGUACGCUAGAUGCGGUUGUUUGGCUCUUAGAAAAAAGUGGUAAACCGAUGGGAGCACUCAAUAAAAUUAUAAAUAUUGUUCAAGAAAAAAAGAAAAGCAUACUUGAUUUGAUUGAAAGGAAAAAGAAUUCCAAAAGUGAUCGAUGGUCACUAAUAGAAAAAACAGAAGUUGAUAGUACUUUAAUGAAGUUAAAAGGGGUAUUAAAAAUUGGUAUUCUUUUGUGUGAGAAUAGUAGUCGACAUGAUACAUCACCUAGUGCUGGUUUAAUAAUUGAUGCAACACUUACUCAAAUAAGUCGUGCACCUGAGAACGAAAGCGAACUAUUAUGGUAUAGACUUUUAGAUACAUUCGUAGAGGCAACAAACGCGAUAACCACCAGCGUUGUGCCACCUAUUCCUCCUUUGAUGUCACAAAAGCUUAUAGAGAAUGGACAAUCGUCAUCAUAUGAAAUACCGAGAUCACCUAUACCUCCUCAUAUUGCCAAUCACCUAAUUACAUCUUUCAAAUCCUUCGUUCAAUCAAUUAUGAAAUCUCUAUUGGGAAGAAGAUUUUUAUCCAUAGAAUCAUCGUGA